UGAACAGGACCCUCCUCCUCCUCCCGUUCUUCUUCCGUCUGUUGCUGUCUCUUCUUCACCUCCUUCACUCUGCUGAUCCUGUUUGAAUGAGUGACGUCUAACAGUUCCAGAACACUGACAAUGGAGACGUCGGUGGAAGCAGCUGAGGUGUUGGUGCCUCCCACAUCUGACAAGGUGUCUUCCCUGGAGCCUGAGAGCAGCGAGGGUGAGACGGCAGGUGCAGCUUGCUCCGCCUCCUCUCCUGACAAUCUGGACCCUGUAGAGCAGUUCAGUCGACAGCUGAAUGACAUCAUCUACACGUAUAGCUCUGCAGCCGGCGUCCUCAACAAACAGAGUGGGGUGGAGGCGGAGGUGGAAAAGGUGAAGGAGGAGGCAAAAGAUGACAUCACAAGCGCCGUGGACACAGGUGACACAGAGGCCUCUCUCGUCAUGCAGGCCCUGAACGAACUCUCUUCUCCAGAGGAGAAACUGGAAGCUCUGGUCAGGAAGUAUGCUGAGCUGGCGGCCUUGCGGCGCUGCGAUCUGCAGACAUUGAGUGCUCUGCAGCAGAAGUUGUCCGUUGUGCUGGAGGAGCGGCAGCAGCUGCAGGCCGAGUAUCGCAGCAGCAUCGCAGCUCGCAGCAAACUGGAGAGUCUGUGCAGAGAGCAGCAGUCAUUCUACAAUGUUCUGAGGGAGGAGACUCUGCAGCGCUGCAAGGAGGAUGAGGAGAAGAGAACGGAGAUCACCACCCACUUCCAGAGCAUGCUCGGUGAGAUCCAGAGCCAGAUUGAGCUGCACAGCGCACGAAAUGAGAAGCUGUGCCGUGAAAACGUCAACCUGACCGACAAGUUGGAGAACCUCAUGACCCAGUGUGAACGGAGGGAGGAGAGUUUGGAGAAGAUCAACAAGCAUCGUGACCUGCAGCAGAAACUGAUUGAAGCCAAACUACAGCAGGCCAACGCUCUGCUGACCGAAGCUGAGGAGAAACACAAGAGAGAGAAGGAAUACUUACUGGUUCAGGCUGCUGAAUGGAAACUGCAGGCUCAGACACUCAGAGAGCAGGGGACUGUCAUGCAGGCGCAGCUGACCCUGUAUGGUCAGAAGUUUGAUGAGUUCCAGGCAACUCUGGCCAAAAGCAAUGAAAUCUACGUCCGUUUCAAAAAGGAGAUGGAAAAUAUGUCAGACAAGAUGAAGAAAGUGGAGAAAGAGUCCAAUCUGUGGAAGACGAGGUUUGAGAACUGCAACAAGGCUUUGACUGAUAUGAUAGAAGAGAGAACAGAGAAAGGUAGAGAGUACGAUCUGUUCGUCCUGAAGAUUCAGAAGCUGGAGAAGCUUUGCCGUGCCCUCCAGGAUGAAAGGAAAGUGCUCUAUGAAAAAAUCAAGGAUGUUCGCUACUCUAAUGCCAACCUUCCAACAAAGGUCUUUGGCAUCUCCAACCUCAAUAACAAGCCUGAGGGUGCCGACGAAUCUGCCCUACUGACUCCUGAUGAGAUGCAGGAAAUCGAGGAGGAGGACCCGGUUCUGACAGAGGGCAUGUCCCGCCUGAAGGAGGAGCAGACCAAGCUGCAAGAGUUUGCUGCCUCCCUGUUGACAACAACUGUUGACAAUGAGGAAGAGGAAAAUAAUGAGUUAGACCUUGAAGAAGAUCUAGUUUCAUCUGCAUUUUUCCAUUUCAAAGCAAAACCUCAAGUCAAAGAGGGUCUGGAUUCAGUCCCUGAGCAGGUGGAAGAUGUAAAGUCAAAAGCACCAGAUUCAGAGCUGCCACAGCCAGUGAAGGUGGAGGAGGUUCUAGAUCAGGUUGUGCCUUCUGCAGAAGCCACAACCACUCAGGAGACAACUUUAGAAACAGCAUUAGAUCCGAAUACAGAGGCGAUAAAGGUUCAGACACAAGUUGAGGCUGAAGAGGUGCAGCAAGCGGAGCCAGACGCAGAGAUCCAGCAGACUAUCACACCUGUACCAAAACUAGAACCAGAACAAGCCAAAGCUGAAAUAGGAAUGGAGGCGAUGAAGGCUGAGGUCCUGGAGGAGACCGGUGAGAUCACACCAGGGGCAACAGUGAAAGAUGUGAAAGACCAGGAGCAGUCCAUUGAACCUACAUCAGAAUCAGACCCUGAGAAAGCCAAGUUUGAUCCACAAACAGACGCAAUGAAGGUUGAGAUCCAGGAGGAGUCUGGUGAGGGCAAACCACAAGUGGCUCUGCAAGAUGAUAAGGAUCAGCAACAGCCCACUGAAUCUCUACUAACACCAGAGACUGAGAAAACUAGGGUCUCUCCCGCAAUGGAUGCAGAAGAAAUGAAGGCCGAGCUCAAGGAGGAGACCGGUGAGGGCAAGCCAGUGGUGCUUCUACAAGACGAGAAGGAUCAGCAGCAGAUAGCCGAACCCAUUCAGGCACCAGAAGCAGUCUUAAAACCCUCAGAGUCAGCCUCGUCUUCUGUGAACACUAAAUCAGCUCCAUCCUCUGACGCAGACCCCAAGAAGCAGGUCCCAAAGAAAAAGAAGAAGAAGAGUGGCAAGAAUGCCAGCUAAAGUUAGAGUGUGUAGAAGGUGUGUGUGUGUGUGUGUGUGUGUGUGUGUGUGUGCUGUUAUUUGGUGUUAAUAUGUACUUUUGCAAUUAAUUCAUUUAAAUGGUAGUAUCAGCUAAAGUGUUCUCUCUUUACUGUUAUUCAGUCUCACCAAACAUCAACAAAUGUAUUUCACAGUUUGUUAGAAUAAAGAUUUAAUUAGGCCUGACAUGUCUUCAUGAGUGGAAUAUUUUCUGGUAACUAACUGCAAUGAAAAGCUAAAAAAGUGCCUUAUGUAAGGCAAGGAAAAUAUAACCACUGGCUGGAGGUCAGUAAAAAGUAUUUCUCUCCUAACCAAAGAGUACCGUGUGCUAAAAUGACUCGAAUAAUAAAAAUGAUAAUCUGA